ACGGCUGGGUUAGAAAAAAUUUUGAGUUAUUUUGCAUUUCAGAUAUUAAAGGUCAUGAGUUCGUUUUUGAUUAACUCUAACUAUGUGGACCCUAAAUUCCCACCGUGUGAAGAGUAUUCACAGAACAAUUACCUACCGAGCCAUUCUCCGGAUUACUAUACCCGGGCACGGGAGCCCGGGUUCCAGCAUGAGGCGAUGUACCCGCGGUCAGCGUACAGCGAGCAGCCCUACUCCUCUUGCAGCAAGCUGCAGGGCUCGGGCGAGCAAGCCGUGGCGCCUAGGGGUCACGUACAAUCGCAGAUCGGCCUUCAAAACCACUUAACCAAGCAUGGCCACCAGUGUGUCUCGGUGACUCCAAGCCCACCGCCCUCUUGCAGCCAGAACUUCAGCAACCAAAACACUCCUUGUUCUAAGGAGCCUGUGGUUUAUCCGUGGAUGAAGAAAUUACAUAUAAACUCCGUGAACCCUAAUUACAAAGGAGGGGAACCCAAACGCUCCCGCACUGCUUACACGAGGCAGCAAGUUCUAGAGCUGGAGAAGGAGUUCCAUUUUAAUCGGUACCUAACCCGGAGACGCAGGGUGGAAAUAGCCCAUUCUCUUUGCCUGUCAGAACGACAGAUAAAAAUAUGGUUCCAGAACAGGCGAAUGAAAUGGAAAAAGGACCACAAGUUGCCAAAUACCAAAAUCAGGUCUUCUACAGGCUCUUCGUCCUCUGCAAGUCAUCAAUCGCAAGGAAGCUCUCAGAAUCAGGAGCCAAAUGGACCAUCAGCCACAUUAUAGCUGCCCUUUUGGGAAAGAAAUUGGUAGAUGCGCGCAGAAGCAUAGGAUGUUAACUGAAGGACUUUAUUUAUAAUGGCAAAGUCUAAACUGUAAAUACUCUGAUUUUGCCAACUUCUCUCAUCCCUUCCCCCUCCUGUAAUGUUGUAGAUUGCAGUUUUCAGUAGAGAUUGGCAAAGAUGAAUCCUCGUUUCAUCUUUAAUCACGCCAAAGUCUCCCCAUUUGUCAUGUUUACUUGGUGGUACAAAGGAUGAACUCUAUGCCUACGAUUACCUCGACAGCAAACGAACACUUUAAUAAAUGAGGCUCCGUUUCAUCAACCUGGGAUGACAAACAGUCUUUUAUUCACACAAAAACAAACUUUGCAGCAAGAAUGUUGAAACAGCUCGGCAGGAUGACCCUUGUGUUUUUAAGCUUGGAGUCAUUUUCCAAUGGGGUUUACAAAAAGAAAUAAUUUGGGUGUUUUCUUUGGAAUAUUACACUGAUAUGUACUCCAUAUCCUCAGAUGUUUUGAUCCCAAAUAUAUUUCUUUCGGUGCCAAUAAAAAUGUAUGUAGUUGGACUUUAAAAGCAAACGUGUAAAAAUCAUAUGUAGGUAUAAAUUAUGUCAGCAAAGUUAUUUAAAGUGAUUAUUAAAAUGUUGCAUGUGACUUGUACAGCCAGGAUACAAUACUCGCCUCUGGCCUCGGUAUUAACAGAAUGUGCUUUCGCGGGAAAAAAAAGUGGAAAGCUAGUUAGAUAGACUGUUUUAACUUCAUCACUACCAUUUAUGACAUUCCAAACUAUGAAGUUUUAGUAGCUGCAUCGUUCGGGCCCACAGGAGUUUGUAUUUCGUUAGCAGUCUAUGUCCUUGCAUUGUUCUAUAUGUAUCGACUCUCAUUCAGACCAAAAUACGUGUAAAUAGUAAUAACCUAAAUAAA